CCUCUUUCUACAGCUGGUGGUGGGGGACCUUGGCCCCGGUGGGCAGCAUCCCCGCCUGAAGGUGCUCAAAGGACCCACAGUGCUGACUGAAAGUCCCUUACCUGCACUGCCAGCUGCCGCCGCCACCUUCCUCAUGGAGCAGCACGAGCCCCGGACACCAGCUCUAGCACUCGCUUCAGGCCCUUGUGUGUAUGUGUAUAAGAAUCUUAGGCCCUACUUCAAGUUCAGCCUGCCCCAGUUGCCUCCAAACCCCCUGGAACAAGAACUUUGGAACCAGGCCAAGGAGGACCGGAUUGACCCCUUGACCCUGAAGGAGAUGCUGGAAGGCAUCCGGGAGAAGGCAGAAGUGCCUUUGUCUGUUCAGUCACUCAGGUUUUUACAGCUGGAGCUGAGUGAAAUGGAGGCAUUUGUGAGCCAGCACAAGUCCAAGUCCAUCAAGCGGCAGACAGUCAUCACAACCAUGACCACCUUAAAGAAGAACCUGGCUGACGAGGAUGCUGUGUCUUGCCUGGUGCUGGGCACUGAGAACAAGGAGCUCCUGGUGCUGGACCCGGAGGCCUUCACCAUUUUGGCCAAGAUGAGCCUACCCAGUGUGCCUGUCUUCCUGGAGGUUUCUGGCCAGUUCGAUGUAGAGUUCCGGCUUGCCGCUGCCUGCCGCAACGGGAACGUCUAUAUCCUGAGAAGAGACUCCAAGCACCCCAAGUACUGCAUCGAGCUGAGUGCCCAGCCUGUGGGGCUUGUCCGGGUACUCAAGGUCCUGGUGGUGGGCAGCACCCAAGAGAGCCUGCAUGGCUUCACCCACAAGGGUAAGAAGCUGUGGACAGUGCAGAUGCCAGCAGCCAUCCUGACCAUGAACCUCCUGGAGCAGCGCUCGCGGGGCCUGCAGGCCGUCAUGGCUGGGCUGGCCAAUGGUGAAGUCCGCAUUUACCAUGAUAAGGCCCUGCUCAAUGUCAUCUGCACCCCGGAUGCAGUGACCAGCCUUUGCUUUGGCCGCUACGGGCGGGAGGAUAACACCCUCAUCAUGACUACUCGGGGCGGUGGCCUGAUCAUCAAGAUCCUGAAGCGUACAGCAGUGUUUGUGGAAGCAGGAGGUGUGGCGGGCCCCCCACCAGCCCAGGCGAUGAAACUCAGUGUGCCCCGCAAGACCCGGCUUUAUGUGGAUCAGACACUGCGAGAGCGGGAGGCUGGCACCGCCAUGCACCGGACCUUCCAGACCGACCUCUACCUGCUGCGCCUCCGGGCCGCCCGUGCCUAUGUGCAGGCCCUCGAGUCCAGCCUGAACCCUGUGUCUGUGACGGCCCGGGAGCCCCUCAAGCUGCACGCUGUGGUUCAGGGCCUGGGCCCCACCUUUAAGCUCACACUUCACCUGCAGAACACCUCAGCAGCCCGACCCAUCCUGGGGCUCCUGGUCUGCUUCCUGUACAACGAGGUGCUCUAUGCCCUGCCCCGGGCCUUCUUCAAGGUCCCCUUGCUGGUGCCAGGACUCAGCUACCCCCUGGAGACCUUUGUGGAGAGUCUCAGUGACAAGGGCAUCUCAGACAUUAUCAAGGUGCUGGUGCUCCGUGAAGGCCAGAGCGCACCCCUGCUGAGCGCCCAUAUCAACAUGCCCGUGAGCGAGGGGCUGGCAGCUGCCUGACCCCUGGACUGGUGUUGAAGCCCCUGCAGAAUCAGGACCAGGAAG